GGAGUAUAUUAUUUAGCCUAUGGUUUAUAUGGUACAAACUAGGACACCACCCAUGGGAUUCCUUAUAAAAGCUUGCCAAACGGCUGUAGAUAACUACGUGCCUAGUUGAAGCUGAAAUUGAAAACUGUAGUUUUUUUUGGACCAUGGCACCUACAUUCAAGAGGAUAUUCGCUCACAAAGGGAUAUUUCUCCCGUACAGAGCAAGACCUGGAGAUAGGAAUAGGCCUGUCGCACGCCGAGGUUUUCGACUGAUUGAACUUAUUCGGGAGGGGUUAUAUGUUGUUCAAUCGGUUGCGAACGACAAGAUGUAUGUCGUAAAGACAGUGCGUCGUGUAUAUGACAAAUGGGCUAGCGAGACGACCAAGGAUGAAUUCACGCACGAUACACCCCACGAUCUUAGAGUCUCAACUGUUCUAAAUGCCGAAGUUCAGUUACCCAGACAGCUCCAUUUUCCUCACAUAGCGUUUUACCAACAAGUGGAUGAAAGUCGCUGGGAACUAUAUUUCGAGUAAGCACCGUACCCGAUACAAACCCCUGAAAAGACAAAAGACAAAUGGCUAAUGAGUUCCCCUGAUUUUUUUAGUUGGUAUAACGGAGGGACACUUGAAACCUUUAUAGAUGAGUAUUACCGAAACAGCCUGAGAAUUCCGGAGUCUUUCAUUUGGCACGUUACAGCAGAACUAUGUCAAGCCCUUGCAUUCUUGUAUUAUGGCCAAAACUUGGCAGGAGUCAGACCGAAGAAUUGGAUCCCUGUUUAUCACCGGGAUAUAGAGUCAAAUAACAUCUUUAUUAAUUACCCGCCACGGCGACCGGGAAGGAUGCCCAAUUCCGGAAAUGUCACCAACGCUUUCCCACAUAUUGUGCUCUCGGAUUUUCGGCAGUGUGCAAUUCAGGGAGACCUCCCAGGUGAUUUGAAGCCGGGCCAGUUCCCAGAACAGAACGAACCGAACGAGUGGGAAGACGUAUAUGAGCUUGGCCGGGUUUUGCGUAGUCUAUGCAUGACCCACGUUCCGUUCCCCGACGAUGAUGAUACCGAUCCUAAUGCUAAUAUACCCGGGCAAAUUAAAAACGAGGAUAAUGGAUGGCUCGAUCGUCCAGAUAGUAGGCGAUUGCAAGACGUCAACGGACAUGAGAUUGGGCCGAUGUAUUCCGUGGAGCUCAUGAAUGCUCUGAGAAGAUUUGAAUGGCCCAACCAGGAGAAUCAGCUGAUAACCGCUAACACCAACAUAGACCACGUACCGAGUAUGAACUGGGUAGUUGGAACGCUAUUGCCGCUAGCCAAAGGUAGAAUUGCUACUCAUAGGACAGGUAGAAAGCCUGCUGGCUAUUAUACUCAGUGGGACGUUUCUUGGACUAGGCCGUAUGAACCAAUGCCGUUCGUGGCUAACCCUAAUACUGAUAACUUCAACCUCGCGAGCCUCAUGACCAGAUAUGUCCAAAGAGAGGAUUAUGUAAUUUGUGGUCUAGAGUAUCCCGUGCCCCGGGAUAUUGAACUUUGAGCCUGGCAACCUUUAGAGAUGUAGGAAUGAUAAUAUGUAGCUUACAUAGGUACAUAGCAGCUAUUUUGAAAGAUUGCAAAGAUUGAAGAUUGUACAAGUACCUUAAAGGUUGAGACUCUAGAGGUUAGGUAGUUAUUAGGUUAGUGAGAUAACAUUGAAG